AUGUCGAGCGAGGAAUCCGCGCAGUCGUCGCAUGUGUCCGCGUCGAAGAAGGCAAGCCGCAAGCUCAAGCAUGCAAAGGAUACGCCUGCAGUAGACUACGGCGAGGACAACGAGGUUGAUAAGAAGGACAAGAAAACCAAGGACAAGAAGAAAAAGAAGAAGUCCAGCGAUGGGCAGAGCUCUGAGGACGGCGCAGUGACGACCGACAUAGGCGAGAAGAAGCAGAUGCAGAGAGAGAAGAAGAGCAAGAAGAGACGGCUUGAUGACGAGAAUGGCGGGGAGGAGAAAGCGGUUGUCGAGGCUGAGUCUGAGUCUCAGCAGCGGCGCAAGAAGAAGAGGGUGUCUUUUUCGGCGGAUACGGUGAUGCGGGACGGCGAGGAGAGCCAGAGCGAGAGCCGUCCUGGUGUUCAGGAUGAUUCAAAAAUCAAUGGGGAUGCUGAAGAGGGUCAGGCUUCCCUUGCUAAUGUGGAAAAGGAUGACGCGGAUGACGAGGGCGCGAAGAAGAAGAAGAAGGAGAAGAAGAAAAAGAAGAAAGAUCAGUCUGUGACGACUGCUUCGAAUACUUCACCGACGGCUCACGAGACUCCUAUCCUUUCGUAUCUCGAUCUGUACCACAAGCACCGAUCCGCAUGGAAAUUCCAGAAGAACCGUGAGACGCAUCUUUUCAAACACAUCCUAUCUUUGGAACAUGUUCCUGCGAAAUACAAUGCAGCACUUCUUUCUUACCUUCACGGAUUGAAAAGUGAGGGUGCAAAGCAACGGCUACGACAGAUUGCCGAGGAGGUCGUGAAAGCUGAAAUGGAGGAGGAUCUGACAAAAGAGCAAGCAGCGGAGACGGAGGACAAGGCCGAUUCUGAUAUGACAGGCUACAAAAGUGCCGUGGAGGCUUUCAGAACACGCUUGUCCCAGGGCAAAGACGAUUUUGACGAGAUUGAGGCACCUGAGUCGCUUGACGGAGAACAACUGAAGAAGCUUCAGAGACGGCAGCGAGCAGAGCUCGUACUGUUUGCUGUCAGCGGAAAGUUGUUCUACCUCGAGAGAACAAAAGCAAAGCGGGGACCGAGCACCCAGGCUCCGCCUGCUAAGAAGAAGAAGAAGAACCGGACCGCUUUCGUGGAAAUCUCGAGCAGCAGUGAAAGUGAGAGUGCUAGUGACAGCGACAGCGACAGCGACAGCGAGAAGAAGCCCAAAAAGGCCGCAAAGCCGAAGAAGGAUAGCUCUAGUGAAAGCUCAUCGACAGAUUCGAGCAGCGAUAGUGAUGACAACGACAGCCACAAAAGGAAAGCUACAAGGAAGAAGGAAGCCAGCUCAAGUGGAAGUUCCAGCGACUCGUCGACAGACUCCAGCAGUGACAGUGACAGCGACUGA